AUUGUGACACCUAUAUGUCCAGCCUGGCGUGGACAACAUAAGAUCAAAUAAAGAAAUCGUAGAAUUGAGAAAACGGAAAAAAAAGCCAAUGGGCAAUCAAGUAGAAGAAUUAAGACGAAAACUGCUGUCCCGCCGCAGAAAUUCUCCCACAGUAAUACACAGCACUUUCUUCAGAUACUGUUUAUCUAGCAAUAGAGGAGCCAAAAGCAGUCAUGGGAACCGGCAAUGGUUAUCACAUGGUCGAAAACGAGCAUUUGCUUCAUGAUGAUAAUAAUCAUGAAGUAGAGAAGGGGAUAAUAUCACGAGAAAACUGGAGGGAAAACUGGAGAUGUACUUGGGAAACCUCAGCCAAGGCUCUUACGACACUCAACAUAUUCCUCCUGAUCGUCCUGGUGUCAAUGUUGGGGGUUUCGUCAGUGACAAUCCGGCAAAAAUGCGUUCCUGAUACUGAACUGCCUGCUCUGCCCUACUCUCCCGUAAGAGAAGAUGGUUAUGUCCGAUAUGUGAACAAGCGCUUCGCCCCGUCGAAGCUAUUCCAGUCUGAAACAUCUGACGAACUAGAAGCAGCAUGGAAUAAGACGAUGGGAUCAACGGACGGCGUGGUCCAGCUACCCAAAUCGAUAGCCAGCCGGCUUGACCGAUCAAUAGAAUCCUUCGUCGAGCCGGGCCAAUACAUAUAUGGCGUCGGCAUGUUCCAUCAACUGCACUGCCUAAACCGCAUCCGCAGAACUUUCUACGCGGAUAAAUUCUUCCCCGGCGAGUCGAAGGAUGAUAUCGAUUUCCAUAAAAACCACUGCUUCGACCUCCUCCGCCAAUCCAUCCUCUGCGCCGGCGAUGUCUCAAUGGUCUACUGGUGGAACCAGAGUUACACGUACACCGACGAGCGAGGGCAAGAGCAGUACUCGCAGCGGUACCUAUCAAUGAGCAACGUCGAGAAGGCGCGACACUCCUUCGCCUACUGGGACGUGGAAGCCCGCUGCCAUGAUACUGACGCGAUAUAUGAGUGGGCAGAGAAGAACAAAGUGAAUGUUGGGGUUAACCAGGAGUUGUUUAAUGGCAGUACGGGGGAUCCGUGAUUCGUGAUUCGUGAUUCGUGAUUCGUUUUUUUUUUUUUUUUUUUUUUUUUUUUUAAUCUCUUUCUUCUUCGAUUUUGGUUGCUGUGUGGCCUUUUCGCUUGGAUAACUAAUUGUGUGCUGAGGUGAGGGGCUAGGGCAACGAUGAGUUCAUGGACUUUUUUUGUACGCUGCGCAUGAACUGCCCUCACCCGAAGCCGUGGAAACAUUUCCGUUGUGACUGACUCUACGGAGUACCCCUGGCGACAUUGCUGUUUUAGUUAUUAGUGCUUCAACCACAAAAAUAAUGAGAGGCUGGUGAAUGUCAAUGUCCAAUCCACACUCAGUAUAUUUUCCUCAUCAUCACAUAUGGAGUGUGGUAGAAAGUAGUUAAAUGCAG